UAUCAGAUGAAUUAUAGUAGCUGGAUUGUGCUUGUUCAGUGCCACAAUGGGCAUCUGUUUGGUGAAAGGGCAAUGGCUUUGGCUUUACAGUCUACUGUUUUGCGUUGUAAUGAACAAAAGCAGAGCUCUCAGUGCUGAUGGUGAGGCUCUUCUGAGCUUCAGGACAGCAGUUAUUAGUUCGGAUGGUGUCCUCCUCCGGUGGAGACCGGAAGAUGCUGAUCCAUGUAACUGGAGAGGAGUAACAUGUGAUCCGAAGUCCAAGAGAGUAAUUUAUUUGAGUCUUUCGGCUCACAAAUUGAGUGGGUCUAUAUCACCUGACCUUGGGAAGCUGGAUCAGUUGAAGAUUUUAUCUCUCUAUGAUAACAAUUUCUAUGGGACAAUUCCUUCAGAACUGGGAAAUUGCACGAUGUUGCAGGGAAUAUACUUGCAGGGUAAUUAUUUAAGUGGCUUAAUUCCCAGCGAAUUAGGAAAACUUCAGGAGCUGAAAAAUUUGGAUAUUUCUAGCAACUCUCUCAGUGGAAAUAUUCCUCUGUCACUUGGGACGUUGGCUAAUCUCGCUGCUCUCAAUGUAUCAAAUAAUUUUCUUGUUGGACCAAUACCCUUUGACGGUGUGCUUAGCAACUUCACUGAAAGCUCAUUUGGUGGAAAUCGUGGUUUGUGUGGGAUGCAAAUCAAUGUGACAUGCAAAAACGAAAGUGGAGGGCCUUCAAUGAAUCCCUCAUCUCCAAACUCAGGACAAAAUCAAAGUGGAAAGAAGAAGUAUUCCGGUCGGCUACUUAUCAGUGCAUCGGCAACUGUGGGUGCACUACUACUUGUCGCUCUCAUGUGCUUCUGGGGUUGCUUUCUUUAUAAGAAGCUUGGUAAACAUGACAGUAGUGGUCUUGCAAUGGACGUUAGUGGAGGUGCAUCCAUUGUAAUGUUUCAUGGAGACUUGCCAUACUCUUCAAAAGAUAUCAUUAAGAAAUUGGAGACUUUGAAUGAUGAACAUAUAAUAGGUUGUGGAGGCUUUGGAACAGUAUACAAGCUUGCAAUGGAUGAUGGCUGUGUUUUUGCUUUGAAAAGAAUUAUAAAGUUGAACGAGGGCUUUGAUCGAUUUUUUGAGAGGGAGCUUGAAAUUCUUGGAAGUAUAAAGCACAGAUACCUUGUCAAUUUGAGGGGAUAUUGCAAUUCUCCCACAUCUAAAUUGUUAAUCUAUGAUUUCCUACCUGGUGGUAGCCUUGAUGAAGCUCUUCAUGAAAGAUCUGAGCAAUUGGAUUGGGAUGCACGCUUGAAUAUUAUUAUGGGAGCUGCAAAAGGGUUAGCCUACUUGCACCACGAUUGCUCUCCUAGGAUCAUACAUCGAGACAUAAAGUCAAGCAACAUUUUGCUUGAUGGAAAUCUUGAGGCUCGAGUAUCUGACUUUGGACUUGCCAAACUCCUGGAGGAUGAAGAAUCUCACAUUACCACAAUUGUUGCUGGAACAUUUGGUUAUCUAGCUCCAGAGUAUAUGCAGAGUGGUAGGGCAACUGAAAAGACUGAUGUUUAUAGUUUUGGGGUCCUGGUGCUUGAAGUGUUGAGUGGAAAGCGACCUACUGAUGCAUCAUUUAUUGAAAAGGGCCUCAACAUUGUUGGCUGGCUAAAUUUUCUGGUCAGCGAGAAUAGGCAGAGAGAGAUUGUUGAUCCACAAUGCGAAGGAGUGCAGUCUGAAAGCCUUGAUGCCUUACUCUCAGUUGCCAUUCAAUGUGUUUCUUCAAGUCCAGAAGAUCGACCCACCAUGCACAGGGUAGUCCAGCUGCUUGAAUCUGAGGUCAUGACGCCAUGCCCAAGUGACUUUUAUGAUUCCAAUUCUGAUUGAAACCCUAGUGAAGUCGAAGCACGUCGAACUUCUCAAGUUGUUCCUGCUACUCUAGGGUUGCAAAACAAACAGUGGAAAAGGCGUUCAGAAUCUGCAAAGGUUCAUUUCAUAUAUCAUACAUUGAUUCAUUCUUUCAGCAGAUUUAUGAAAUUAGAAGAAGAUGGCCUGCACUGUUUGUCCAGUUGACCUCUAGUUGAGCAUUUUGUUAGUAGUGAAUGAAAUUCUGGGUGCAUAUUCAUCUUUUUGUUCUCAUUUUGCAAGGGUGCGAAUUUCUCCACGCGAAUGAAAAUUCCAAAUGGUUGAGUAAUUUAUUCAUCCGUCUCUUUUUUUUUUUUUUUUUUGGGGUCCUAAUCUCCCCUAUUUGUAAUCCUCUCUAUCCUUUUCCAAAAUUAAGUGUAUAUGACAUUUGUAUAUUUUGAAUAUUGUCCCUCCACAAAUGAUUCAUAUUUAUGCCAUUUUUGUAAAAUAUGUUUUUAUUACAAUUUUAUCAGUUAUUUAGAUCGAAUGAUAAUGUUUGCCUGCUGUUAUUCAA